CGAAAACUCAGUCAGUCAACUGUGAGUGCAGGUUUGAACUCUGAAUUUGUUUCUUUCAUCCUCGUUUGGACGACCAGCUCUCAAAGCUGGAAAUAGAACCGACCUUCUACCGAGUCCAGGGUAAUUCAUGUUUUAGAGGAUGGUGGACACAGACUGGAAGUGAACAGUGGAGAUGUCGGAUACCAACACUGGUGGAAAAGGAGGAGGUGGAACACCAGGAACAGCCUCUCGGGACAACACCAAAGGUGAAAGAGGAAGCCCUCCACAGCUCUCAGAGAUGCAGCAGGAAGCUGAGGGGGAAUCACAGAAGCAUCUGUCUACACACAUGACUUCCAACUAUGAGGACCUGUGCUCCAGACCGUUCCUCAGCCCGGGCCUGGGCAUCCCAGAAGACCUGCUUCUCCUCUCUCACUCGUUUGGUUUUGACAGCAGGCGCAGAGCAAACCUGGGCCUGCUGGACGACAACACGCUGAUCUUCAUUGCAGGAAACCUGGUGGUCCUGCUGGACGUUGACAGCCGGGAGCAGAGGUAUUUACGGUCUUGCAGCGGAGGAGGAAUCGGGGCCAUCACGGUUCAUCCUACCAGAGAGUUCUUCGUUGUAGCAGAGAAAGGCACUUCUCCAGACAUCCUAGUUUAUGAAUAUCCUUCUUUACGGCUCUAUCGCAUCCUCAAAGGCGGGACACAGCACAGGUACACCUGCGUCAGCUUCAGCCCUGACGGCGGCUCGCUGCUCAGUGCGGGCGGUGAGCCAGACUUCAUGCUGACUCUGUGGGACUGGAGGAGGCAGGAGGUGCAGAGCUUCCAGGCUACGUCACAGGAGGUGUACAGAGUCAGCUUCUCCCACUACGACCAGGAGCUGCUCACCACAGCGGGAUGCAGACACAUCACCUUUUGGAAACUGACCACAACGUUCACCGGUUUCAAACUGGAAAAGCUCGUGGGACACUUUGGGAAGUCUGUAGCCAGUGAUAUCGAGGGCGUCCUGGAACUUCCUGAUGGAGAGGUGGUGUCAGGCACAGCUUGGGGAAACCUCCUGCUCUGGGAUGGAAACGGCAUCAAGGUGGAGAUUUGCUCCAAGGAGGGUCGGACCUGCCACUCUGGGACUGCGCAGCCCUUUGCUUUAGAGGGGGGAAAGCUGCUCACUUUUGGUUCUGAUGGAGCGGUCCGGAGCUGGGACUUUGAGAGAAUCAGCUCGUUCACAUGUGACGGCGGCUGUAGCUUGGAGGUGGAGCCCAUCAACGAGCUGGUGGUCGGGCGCCACGUCUGCCUCUGCCAUGUGGUCAGGAGCUCCCUGCCCGGAUCCUCAAUCUGGUUUGCUCAGGAUUCCAGUGGCAGUAUAUGGAGACUGGAUCUUUCCUUCUCUCCCUCGGCUGCUGAUCCAAAGUGCCUGCUCUCCUGUCAUUCUGGCCCAAUCCAAGACCUGGAUGUGUCAAGAACAUCUCACCUGAUGGCCACGAUCGCUCUGGAUGGCACAGUCAGAGUGUUUGACCUGCUGGCUAAAACCCAGCUGACCUCCAUCUGCUUCAACCAGGGGGGGACGGCGCUCUGCUGGGCUCCACUCAGCAUGAACCAGAAGGAGGGGUUGCUGGUGACAGGCUUUGAAGACGGGGUGGUGCGCCUGCUGGAGCUGCUCGGCCCGCAGAAGCUGCGUGCAGACUCGGGAGUUGGUGCUAAAGGAGACGCCACCCUGUGCCUCAAACAAGCCUUUAAACCUCACAACGCUCCCGUUACUGCUGUGGCAGUAGAGCCAAACGGGCACAUUCUGGCCACGGCGAGUGAAGACCAAACGGUGUUCUUCUUCACGGUCGGGGAGGCGUGUCACCCCCUCGGUUUCAUCCGUGUCCCUGGCCCGGUGCAGGCCCUGGAGUGGUCCCCUGACUCCCAUCUUCCCCAGAAUGGGCGCCGGCUGCUCAUCUUGUGUGGAAGUGGACAUGUUGUGGAGGUUCAGAGUCCAGACGUGGAGGCUGAGCGCUCCUCCGAAAGCUUCCACCUCCCUGAGCUUCCCCGCAGGAGCUUCUGCUUCAGGAGCAUCAAAUCUAGAAUAAAGAGGGAAACAGACGCUGACAGACCUCAAACUGAGAGGAGGAAGAUGAGGAGAGAGGAGGUGGGAAAGCAGGGAGAAGAGGAGGAGUUACAGCCUCCGAGUCGUCUUUUGUGUGGGUUCUAUUCUGAGCCGGGCCAGUUCUGGCUCUCCAUGGGAGGCUUCGACUCUGGUUUCUUGUAUCACUGCAAAUUCUCAGAGAACCAGAGUGAAGAGCCGUGCCGUCAUCAGGAUGAACCAUUUGACUUCCUGCUUGUUAGUGGUGCAGAUGAUGACCCUAUUUGCUCCAUGACUUUCAGCUCCAGCAGGCAGCUGCUGCUGUGUGGCAUGCACUCCGGCUCCAUCAGGGUUUACCCCCUGCAGCCCGGACACCUCGCCCCCACCACCAUGCAGGCCUGCUGGGCUCUGAGUGUUCACGACAACCAUUACGGACACUUACGGCACAUCUGCUGCAGCUUUGAUGACCUGUUUGUGCUGACGGCAGGAGAUGACGGAAAUAUUUUCUCCUUCAGCCGGCUUCCUCCCGAGGAAUUACAGAGAAACCUGCAGAGGCGGAAGGCCGGGAUUCCUUCAUCCACGGCCUAUCAUGAGACAGAGUCAUCAACUGUUGACAUUCAAGAUCCAGAAGCCUUCAGCUUGGAGGCUGCUAAGCAGAAGCAGGAGCGGGAUCUUCUGCGCCGAAAGGCUGACCAGAAGGCGGCAGAAACCAGGAUCCAGCUGGCUGAGCUGCGGGAGAAGUUUAAACAAGUACUGGCAGAGAACCAGGGUCUGCCGGAGCACGUCCGCCUGACGCCUGAGGAGUUGAACCCUCUUCUUUACGAGAAGGCAAAGAAGAUGAUGGCUGAGAGGGUGAUGAAGGUGCAGCAGCAGACGGCCUGGGAGCAGGAGCGCUGCAGUGGAGCUCUCACAAAACUACAAGAAUGGUCCAAGAACUCCUCUGAGGCUCUGAGCAUCAUUACUGUGGUCGGCAUCUACAGCAACAUCACAGUGUCCACCUACCACGUAUCGGCCCACCCAGAGUUCUCCACCUGGGCCCAACAUCAGGACACACCUGCCACUGAAGCUCCUCCAGGCCUCCAGGAACCCAAACAAGCUUCUGCAGAUCCAGCCCAGGAGGCAGCAGAGAAAGAAGUGGCCCGCUGCCCUGUGCCCCACCCUCCAAGAGUCGCGGGGAGAGUUCAGGACUCAGUGAGACUCCGAAAGGUUGCAGAGCGAGCGGAGCGAGCUCGGGCCUCUGUGGAAAGAAGAAAGCAGGAAUGGGCCCAACUGAAUGCAGAGAAACCAGAUAAGGAAUUUGAGGAUCCACAAGACGUCCUGGAAAUUCAGGAAGCCAAAGAUAAUAUUGGAGAUGUCGUCAUGGUCAAACAACCAACAGUGCAUGCUCAGGGGAAGAAGAAGGGGUGGACCGCCUUGGAGGAAAAGAUUCUCAGGCAGAAGUCUGAGAUGAACCAACGGAUCACAAAUCUUCGAGAUGCCAAGAUUCUCUUGGUCUCUUUGCUGUCCGCUCAGGCCCAGCAGCUGCAGAAGAUCCAUCACAGCCUGAGUCCUGACCUGCGCCGCAGCCCGCCUCCUCUGCCCUCCAUGUCCCCCGAGGAAACCCCAGAGAAGAAGCUGCAGUGCAGCAGCACCAGCUUGGACAGAUACCGAAUUCUGAGGGAGCACAGGAGAGCCAGCACUAAGCAGGAGGUGCUACAAGGAGCUGACAGUUUACUGAAGCAGCUGGAGGAAGACAUGAAGAGAGAGGAGAAGGAAAAAGAGAGAACUCUCAGUCUGUCUGCUUCAUCUAAACUCUUAGAGGAGGAGCAGACGGCAGUGGAGCUCACUGAGUUAGAGAAGGAGCUGCAGCAGGAGCAGCAGAUCGAGCUGCUGCACCAACAGGAUACUCUGCUGCAGCAGAUGGAGAGCUCUAUCUCUCGGUUUGACUCGGAGCUGCUCCUGCUGCGCCAGCAGAAGGUGCGUCUGGACAUCCACCUGAAGCAGGCCGAGCUCCACCUGCUGACGCUCUUCCAGGAGAUGAUUAUCCUUAAAGGUUUUGAGGAGAGGGAGGCCAGCCUGCAGGAGAAGCUCAAGGCAAUCAUGGAGGAGAGGAGGAGCAACCAGUCUCAGCUGCAGGGCAACAGUGAGCAGCUGAAACAGAGGAGGAGCAUCAUAGAGAAGCUGCAGGAGGACGAGAAGGCUCUGUGGGCUGACUUCCAGACUUCAGUGGCAGAAGACCAUCACUUUGAAGACUUACUGACUAAAAUCUUUAAGAAGAAGGCCGGACACAAGAAGAAAGCGAAACAAACAGGAAGCACCAGUGAGGACGACAGUGAUGACUCUGUGGAGGACUGGGACGGCUGUCUUGACAGUGACACGGAGGAGGAAGAUGGAUCUGAUUUUGAUGACAAAGUCUGCCCAGCAGGCUGCGAUCCAGACCUGUUUCAGAAGACUCUGCAGCUCCGGGACCAUCGCUGGGACUUGGAGGAUAUUCUUGAGGCGGAGGGAAAGAGUGCUGACGCUCUAAAGAAGGAGAUUGACACUCUCAUCAUGAAGGAGAAAGUUCUCAAGAGCAGUCAGCAGAGGGUCGAGGAGGAGUUUGGUCUAAUCAACAAGGAGAAACUCCAGAAAAUGAACAAACUGGAUGUUGUGAUUGCUUUCAGACUGCAUCAGAUCAAGUUUCUCUCUAACGGCUCUGUGCCGUCUGACCUGAGCGAGGCUCUGGUUCUGGACAAGUCAGAGAUGGACCGGCUGAAAAGGCGCGUCCAGCAGCUGCAGGCGGAGAAGGAUGUUGAGAAGGACCGGCUCCUCCAGGCUCAGCAGCAGCGCUCCCGGCUCAUCCGCGAGAACAAGGAGAUGAGCGCUAGGCUCCAGGAGAUGGAGAAGCAGUGCAACGAGCUGAUGAUGUUGAAGUAUGGGAGGCUGGUGGAUGUGGAGGCUUUGCACACCAUGUCAGGACAUAAGAAGCUGGACAAGCUGAAAGAGGAGAAACUCCUCCUGGAGGCUGAUCACGCAAAGGAGCUGAAACGGUGGAAAGCUAAGGUGGAGGAGGCACGCCGAGCCCUGUGGGAGGUGACGGAGCAAAACACGGAGGUGCUGCGCAGCACGGUCCACCUCAUGGAACAGAGGAAGGAGCUGCAGAUCAAACUCAGCAGCAGGCAGAAGGACAUGGUCAAACAGCAGUUCCAGGACGGCAGGAGGCUGGAGGACCAGGAGGACAUCCAGAAGCUCCAGGAGCUGGUGCAGGCACAGGAGCAGCAGGCCCAGGCUCUCCUGAAAAGGAUCGACCUCCUGUCCAGCAAAGACGGCUAUGUGUUGCCCCCUGAGCACACCCGGCUGCCCCCGCUUCCGCCAGCACACGACCCCCAACCAUCCACCAGAGGAAGACCCUUCGGGGGCCAUGAAGACAGAAGAGGAGCAGACUGAUCCAGAAAAGCGAGUUGCAGUAGCUGCUGCUCCCUUCAAUGCUUUUCACUGGGCAGAUAUUUGUUGAACUCAGAUGGAGCAGCAAGUUGAAAUAAAUGAAAAAAGAAGAGAAAUGUCAUUUUCUGGGUCUAAGGAGAAACCCAAGAAGCUGCACUCCACCAGGUUUCCUGUGUGCAGACUCAGCUAAUUCGUUUGUUAUUGACCUGCUUUCUUUCUACUUUGGCACAAAGGUUACAGAUACAUUUGGAAAUAAAAAAAUCUGUUUGCUGACAAACCUUAA